AUGCUGUUACGGGGUUCCGGAACCGCGGGACCGUGGGGGUGGCUGACGCUGCUGCUGGUGGCCUGCGCGGCACGGGCCUCUGAGAUCACUUUUGAGCUGCCUGACAACGCCAAGCAAUGCUUCUACGAGGAGAUUGUUCAGGGCACUAAGUGCACCCUCGAGUUUCAGGUGAUCACUGGAGGUCAUUAUGAUGUUGACUGUCAGGUGGAAGGUCCUGAUGGUGCUGUAUUAUACAAAGAGAUGAAGAAACAAUAUGAUAGUUUUACAUUUACUGCAUCCAAAAAUGGAACAUACAAAUUCUGCUUCAGCAAUGAGUUCUCUACUUUCACACACAAAACUGUGUACUUCGAUUUCCAAGUUGGAGAAGAUCCACCACUGUUUCCUAGUGAGAACAGAGCAACUGCACUUACUCAGGUAAAAGAGUUGUGUUUGACAGCAACUGUUAGGUGGAGGGAAUGUUUUUCAAAUUCAACUGCACUAGAUAUCUAUAUCACUGUUGAAAAUUAA